AUGGCGAACUUAUUUUUGUGCUUUUAUUUUCAGGCUCCUGCUUACCAUCUCAUUUUGGAAGGAAUUCUAAUUCUGUGGAUUAUCAGACUUCUGUUCUCCAAGACAUACAAGCUUCAAGAGCGAUCUGAUCUAACAUCUAAGGAAAAAGAAGAACUAAUCGAAGAAUGGCAGCCAGAGCCUCUUGUACCUCCUGUAUCAAAAGAUCACCCAGCUCUCAACUACAACAUUGUUUCAGGACCUCCUACCCAUAUAAUCACUGUUAAUGGCAAGGAAUGUAUAAACUUUGCAUCAUUUAACUUUCUUGGACUUCUGGAUAAUGAAAAGGUUAAGUGUGCAGCCCAGGCAUCUCUGAAGAAAUAUGGUGUUGGCACUUGUGGACCUAGAGGAUUCUAUGGUACUUUUGAUGUGCACUUAGAAUUAGAAGAACGACUAGCAAAAUUCAUGAGGACAGAGGAAGCUAUUAUAUACUCAUACGGAUUUGCAACAAUUGCCAGUGCUAUUCCUGCAUAUUCGAAAAGAGGGGACAUUGUGUUUGUAGAUGAAGCUGCCUGCUUUGCUAUUCAGAAGGGAUUACAAGCAUCUCGUAGUAACAUCAGGUUAUUUAAGCAUAAUGAUAUGGCUGACCUUGAACGACUGUUGAAAGAACAAGAGACUGAAGAUCAAAAGAAUCCUCGCAAGGCCCGUGUAACUCGAAGGUUUAUUGUAGUGGAAGGAUUGUAUAUGAAUACAGGAGACGUUUGCCCUCUUCCAGAACUGAUAAAAUUGAAGUAUAAAUACAAGGUUAGAAUCUUUUUGGAGGAAAGCCUUUCCUUUGGGGUCCUUGGAGAACAUGGAAGAGGAAUUACUGAACACUUCGGAAUAAAUAUUGAUGAUAUUGAUCUUAUUAGUGCAAACAUGGAAAAUUCACUGGCUUCUAUUGGAGGAUUUUGCUGUGGAAGAUCUUUUAUUAUUGACCAUCAGCGAUUGUCUGGUCAAGGCUACUGCUUUUCUGCAUCCCUACCUCCUUUGUUAGCUGCUGCUGCUAUUGAGGCUCUGAAUAUUAUGGAGGAUAAUCCAGACAUUUUUCAGACUCUCCAGGCUAAAUGUGAACGAAUUCACAAAGCUUUACAAGGGAUUUCUGGCUUGAAAGUAGUGGGAGAAACUUUUUCUCCAGCGUUGCAUCUACAGUUGGAAGAGAGCUGUGGAUCUCGAGAAAAUGAUGUGAAGUUACUCAAAAGAGUUGUGGAUUAUUGCAUGAAUAGUGGUAUUGCAUUAACUCAGGCCCGCUAUCUGGAGAAAGAAGAAAAAUGUCUUCCUCCACCCAGUAUUCGAGUAGUGAUAACAGUGGAACAAACAGAACAAGAACUGGACAAAGCUGCAUCACUUCUUAAGGAAGCUGCACAGUCUGUAUUGAAUUAGACUGCUGUUUUGGAUUCCUCUUUCCCCAAAUUAUCAGGAUAAGUGUUUUACACUGUACAGUGACUUCACUUGAGAUAUUAGAGUUCUUCCACUGAUGGCAUUGAAAUGUGAGUGAGCAACAAGACUGUUCCAAAAUGUUACAAAUGCAGUGAGGAAAAGAAUGCUGAAUUUUGAAACUGGUG